GCUGUGUCCUUGGUAGCACCUUCCCCAACAAAAGCAAUUGAUUGUAAUUAUCCUGCUGCUUGUUGUGGCGAGUGUCGCCGCGACGAGUGUGGAUCACAGUCGUGCAUUGUGGAUCUUCCUCUAGUUCAGAAGUAUUUGUUGGCGGUGAGGGAGAAGCACGACGUCAAGGUGAG